CGAAAAUCAAAAUUGCCAUUAUUUGUGUUCCUAUUCAUCAAUUUUACAUUGGACGAACCACUUUGUUGAUAUACCUCCCCUAAACAUCGCAUCGUUUUCUGCCAAAACACUUAGCGGAACAUCCCGCUAAUACAGACCACGAAAGAAAGAAGAAACAAAAUAAAACACCCCUUCAAGGCUCCAUCUGAAUCGGACCGGUCUGAUCCCCUUGUUUUUCUUCCCCCCCUCUACCUACCUUACUUGCAGACUACCACGCGCUACUCUCCAGACCUCCACCAGCCCCAGAGUGAACAGAGGCCAGACCAUCGAGUUAGCAGCCGGCGCAAAAAAAAAUUCUCAACGACUUGACCCGCUUACUUUAUAUUAGUCUAGUCAACGGGGAAACCUAUCUUUUUUUGUUCCUUCGUGUUUCUGCGGAAAUCGGAGUUUUUGAUUGGGUCAGGUUACAUUCUGUAGCAGGAAAGCUGGUAAAAGAGCUUGACGAGGCAAGCAGAUGCCAGUCUCGGUGCGAGCGACGAGCAUUGGUGAUCCAUUUCUGUCACCCCGCCCCACCAACCGUUUUACUGGGGUUUCCAGGCCCUUUUUUUUUUUUACUCCAAGAACUGAACUGAUAACGGGGGAGAACUCUGGAUCAAGCGACAAACUUGGAUCUAGCCGAUAAAUCUGGAUGACCACAAGAAAGUGUUAAGGGGGAAAAAAAAAAGGAAAGACAAAAAAAUCCAGUCCUCUAAAAUGUUGAGGCAUGGUUAACCCAUCGCAUGCAUUUGACGUCCUAUACGACCGGCAGGACAAUCAAAGUCAAUUGCGCGCAAUUGGAACAAGAAAAAUACCCAAGAGACAUACUGCGACCCAAAAGCCGGGGGUUUUAUUUUGCCAAAGCAACCAACCAGCCAACCACCCCUCCAAAUCCCUGACUCGAAGCGAGGUUCAGGUCGGUGUGCGAAGCGCCUGCUACGCCAUCCCGACCUUGAAAUAGCGAAAACCGCCGACAGAGAAAAAAAAAACCAAAAAACCGAGAGGCGCCCGGCGCUCCGCCUGCGCAAACGUAUGAUUCCGUUACAGGCAAAAGCAAAGCGAAAACACCACCUAAAGCCAUGGCAAUGAUGGGAUCUUCGGCCUGGAACGGGCAGCACAGCGCCGUCGAUGACGAUUUCCAGCAGUAUCUCGAGAUGAAUGGCAUGGAAGGUCUAGCCGACGGGUUGAAUUUUGAUUUUCAGGAUUUUGCUGCCGACUUUCAGAGCGCGGGGAACAAUGGCGGCGCAAUUCUCCAGUCGCAACAGGCCCAGGGGCGCCAGCUCCAGCACCAGCAGCAGAUGGACACACCCAUGACCGGCACCGAGAUGCCUGGGCUCAUGGCUUCAAAUCAGGAGCUGUCGCAGCUGCCGCAGUCGGCUAUGCACUCUCAUCUCGCUCAAUUGCCCUCGGUGGCAGCUUCCGGCCCUCCUCACACGACAGCUCCUGGCCUGGUCAUUGUUCCCAAUGCCGGCAUGGUGCCGCCGCCGACGACGCAACCACCGCCAACUCCGAGCGAGGCCAUUAAUGAUAUCGAUGCCAAGAUACAAUUCUUGCAGCAUCAGAGGAUGCAACAGCAACAACGCCAACUCGAGGAGCAGCAAGUCGCAUUCUUUGCGCAACAGAGCCGCCUGAUACCUCCCACACCGCAAAGCCUCGAACUUCAAGCUGGAAGUCGCUAUUACGUUGCUCCCGAUCAGACACCACAACAGGGCAUAUACGACAGGUAUCAACGGCUGGCUGAUCAACAGGACAUGUCAUUUACGCCUCUUGUCUCGCCGGCCGUGACACCGCUAGAAACACACUUCUCGAUGGAUUCGCAAUUCACUAUCCCGGGGGCAUACUUUAGCCCUCUUGCAUCACCAGCACUUCAUGCGCAGCAAGAAAACUCGCAAGCCGUUUAUGAUAGCGUCAGCUCCGGCAAAAACAGCUCGCCGGCUGCCGACAUGGACCUUCCAACACCAACAGCUACCAAGGUAACCCCAUUAUCAUUAUCAAAUGAAGCGGCAAAGAAAUCGGUUCCUAGGAAAAGCACCGCUUCAAAGGUCAGGGGCAAGGGGGGUGUUCGACAGUCACCCAUCUCCAAGCCGCUGAAGAAAAAGUCCCAGACGACGCCCAACAUGAAUUCACAGGCUUUGAGUGAGCUCGCAGAAUCGUUACAGCACAGCCAGGAUUCACAAAACCACCUAUUACCGCCACCCGCGCCGCAAGGACACGGCGGGUCGCCCGUCGGCCUCACGGAUUCAGAAAACGGAUCUGUUUCUCCAGAGACCUUAUCCGAGAUGCCACCUCCGCCCGUGCCGAAGCAACGCUCGGUUCGCCCUUCGUCUCACGCCGAGCCGCAAGGAACCGUCGCAAAUCCCAUGUUGCAGACCUUGCAGGGCAAGAUGUCGCCGGCAACGCCAGCGUCGCUGAUGAAACUUACAUCACCCAGCAACAGCAUGGGUGCUACGCCAACGAGCCACGCCACUGUUUCCCACGAGGCAAUCGAGAACUUUGAACUUCCGGAAUCCGUCAACUUCCAGCAGCAGCACAGCCAAACCCCUCAAACGAUUACGAAGAGCCCGGCACAGUCUCCAUUCCUAGGUCCCUCUGCGACUUCAUCGACAACCCCAUCAUUGCAGCCAUUGCCAAAUUCAGGUUUCAUCAAGCCCAGGACAGCAGCUUCGGCAACACAGAGUCCGUUAUUGACUAGUCAGCAGCAAGGAGGGGGAAGCUCUUCGGUCAUGGGCACACCGGUUUUGGCAGCAGCAGUCCGGAAGACACCACAGAUGGGGCCACGAAAUAGCAAAAAGCGACCCAGCGUCAGUUCUUCACACGUGUCACCAGCGCUGCGGCCGCGGAUAUCGCCGAGCAUCAAGCCAUUAUUACCCGGUGGUAGUAGCGGGGCCGAAGAUGUUGCGUCGCAGUUGCUCAGGUCUAAAUCAAACUACCAAAACAUUCUGGAGGGCAAUAGCGUGCCGGGCGUAUCGUAUCCGAGCGAGCUGUCGACAAACCUAACGUCAAAACGAACCUCGCACAAGAUAGCCGAGCAAGGCAGACGGAACAGGAUUAACUCGGCGCUGCAGGAGAUAGCGACGCUGUUGCCACCGGCAGUAUCUGCCAAAGUGGACGAUGACGGAGACGGUGAUGGUGACGGUGGCAAGAAGGGCGAUAAGCAAGCCGGGGGAGGGCCGAACAGCAAAGCCAGCACAGUGGAGAUGGCGAUCGAGUACAUCAAGAUGCUCAAGAAGGAGGUUGCCGAGGCCAACAAGAGAGCUGAUGAGGCGGAGAGGAAAUUAAAGCUACAGUCCGGCCAAACGAACGACGAAGAGCCGGCAGCAGCUCCGACAGUUGCGACAAGUGGUGACGCAAAGGAGAAUGAGGUCGAGAUGAGGAAUGCGGUCGAUGAAGGGAAGCAAGACAACGCAGUGGAGGCAUCGUAGGAUUGUUGGUGCGGUCAUGUUUGGACAGGGAAUUUUAUUUUUGCAUUAGUUCAGAAGCGUCUUCAUUUUUGUUAGAGCGGCAGCAUCACUGGCGUUUGGUGCUCCGACUAUAGGUGUUAGCGAGGGAUGAGGUAAUGUUUCGGGAGCGUAUAUUUCAGUAUGGCGCUCGUGGUAGGGACUAAGAUUUGUUUCUCUGCUUGUUUGUAAUACUAUGCAUAUUGAGCAUUUGUACAUGGGUUGGGCUCACUGCUGUUUGUUUUCAUUUUCAUCCAUUUGUUUUCUGUCUGGGAUAUCUAUCUAGCUUGGGUUUGGGUUUCCUUUAGCUUUCACAUGUCUGCGAUAUCAUAUACCUACUUACCUACCUACCAUAUACCAACUAAGCAGAAUAAAUAGCAAACAGUAACGCGUCACAAAGAUUGGAUGCGCAUGUACGACCAAACUUUGGGGAAUUAUCAAGAGAGCAACGUGGCACAGUCGCAAUCUAGGUUCCCGUUUUCCGACUUUUGUGCUGAACAUUUUACUUAUCCCGAAUGGUCCCAUAUUCAACCAACUGAUCUUUUCUUUGGUAGUGUUG